AUGAUUGGCAUGGCCGCCGUGGCAAUCGGUCAGUCCCAGAUGCCCAAGAGCAUCACCAGCAGAGAAUGGGUCGUGCCGCCUCGGCCGAAGCCCGGCAGGAAGCCGGCGACGGAUACUCCACCAACCAAAAGGAAGGCUCAAAACCGCGCAGCACAAAGGGCAUUCCGCGAACGCAGAGCCGCUCGCGUCGGUGAAUUGGAGGAGCAACUGGAUGAGCAACGCGAGGAGCACGAGCGUAUCGAGCAGGAUCUCAGGAAUAGAGUCCAGGGCCUGGACUUAGAGGUGCAGACCCUGCGAGAUCGAUGCAUGCAGCUAGAAGACAUGCUGCAGAAGGAGCGGGCCGACCGAGCCAGGGUUUCGAAUGAGCUCGACUCCGUGCGAAGACGCUGGAGAGAUGAGCGUGAUAGCACGUCAACAAAUCACCUGCAGCACUCGAUGCACCCUUCACCACGAGCAAGUAACGCAUGCGAGCAUCGAAAUUCGGCCAUCUCCAUCUCCCAGAUCAUUUCACCCCCUGACCCGUCGUCUGAAGAUCAACCCAUGACGGAUGUGGGCUGUGGCUCGUGCGACCCAAAUGGACCAUGUGCGUGUAUCGAGGAAGUCCUUAUUGGGAACAACACAGUAACAUCCCUGGAGUGCGGCAGAUGCAGUCUCGGCACCAAAUACCUCAAGCGGGGACCUUCUCCUACACCUGACCUUGCACCCGACGAGAAGAGACACAAAUCGAUAUCGAACGCCAAUGAGAACGAAAUCGACUUCACCGCCAUGUUUUCCAGGAAGCCACGCCGGACGCCUGCCGCUACCGAAACCGCAGUGUUCCAGCCCGUGGCCCAGGCUGUAGCAAUACACCCCCGCGACUCGUGCGGCUUCUGCAAAGAGGGCACGUACUGUAUGUGUGCUGAGGCCGCUGCUGCUGCCGCAGCCCAACAGACCCUGCCACCCAUGGGUAGUCAGAGUCAGGUUCAAACACCACCGCCCUCCGAGAACGACGUUGUUACUUUCCCAGCUCCUGCGACCGGUGCCUACGAAGUUACCGCCACCGGGGCCGUCAAGCUGCCGAGCUUAUUUGGCCGUGACCGGCAAAAGGCUACUAUCCCCGAAGCUAGCAAGGCGGGAGGAUGCGGCGUCAAUGGACCGGGCACAUGCGCCCAGUGUCUCUCGGAUCCCAAGUCAGGCUUGUUCUGCCGGAGCUUGGCCGCGAGCGCCGAGCGUCAAGGAAAGUCGGGCGGCUGCUGCGGUGGAUCGGCCGGCGGCGGGUGCUGCAAGUCUGGCAACGCCAAUGACUCGUCGUCUAGGGCCGCAUCUCCUACGUCCAUCAGCCUGUCUUGCGCCGACGCGUACAAGACCCUCGCAUCCCAUCGCAAUUUUGACCGAGCUGCUGACGAAAUUGGUACGUGGCUGCCUAAGUUGAGGGCUGUCCCCAUGGAGAUAGAGGAUGCAGCUAGACCCGGGGAGAGGGGACCCGGACCGCGGCAUGUCGGUCGGGGAUCUGGUAUUAGGGGGCGUUGUCCCAUUGAGGUGGAGACAGCCAGCAUCAUGAGUGUCUUGAAGGGUUUCGAUGUUAGGUUUGGCAGAGACGCAUAG